GCAUCUGCACGAAAUUGAAAACGCUUUGUAAAAAAAACUUCCUUUCACCAACGCAACCCAAUGGCGAAGAAGUUACCUCCAUUAUCAUUCAUAUUGAUGCAUGCUCACAAGCUUAACACGCACCCACUCAUACAUGGGUACCCAUUCCUCAGGACCAGGUUAGCAUCCACGUUCAGUCUCAACACUGAAAUGAAGCGCUGCAAUUCCUUCAUCUCAAGGCUUUGCAAGGAAGGGAGAACCGACCAUGCACGCAAGGUGUUUGAUCAAAUGCCUGAACGGGACAUGCGUCUGUGGGAUACAAUGAUAAAUGGGUAUAUCAAGUGUGGCAUGAUUAAGGAAGCCAGGAAGCUGUUUGAUCAAAUGGCUGAACGGGACACGCGUCUGUGGACUACAAUGUUAAAUGGGUAUAUUGAGUGUGGCAUGAUUAAGGAAGCCAGGAAGCUGUUUGAUGGGCCGGAUGCCGAGAAAAGUGUGUCUACGUGGAGUACUAUGGUUAAUGGGUACGUCAAGAUCAAUCAGAUUGAGGAAGCUGAGAGAUUGUUUUAUGAGAUGCCAGAGAGAAAGGAUGUGUCUUGGAACAUAAUGAUGGGUGGGUAUGGACAAAAUGGCCAAAUUGAGAAGGCUUUGGAUUUGUUUAGGAGAAUGCCGGAGCCGGAGCGGAAUGUAGUUUCUUGGAAUACAAUCAUUAAGGCCUUGGUACGGUGUGGGAGGAUUGAGGAUGCUCAAUGGCAUUUUAAUCAGAUGCAGGAAAGGGAAAGGGAUGUGAGUUCCUGGACUACCAUGGUUGAUGGUUUGGCAAAAAGUGGGAGAAUUGAUGAUGCUCGAGCUCUUUUUGAUAGGAUGCCGUUUCGAAAUGUGGUUUCUUGGAAUGCGAUGGUCACGGGUUAUGCUCUAAAUAGAAGGUUGGAUGAGGCUUUAGAGUUGUUUGAGAGGAUGCCUGAGAGAGAUAUGGCUUCAUGGAAUGCAAUUAUCACUGGGUUCUUUCAAAAUGGAGAACUAAACAGGGCUGAGAAAUUAUUUGCUGAAUUGCCACAAAAGAAUGUGAUUACUUGGACUGCUAUGAUGACAGGGUAUGCCCAACAUGGUCUAAGUGAAGAAGCGUUGAAAAUAUUUAACAAAAUGCAAGCUAGUGGUGGGUUAAAACCCAACAGUGGAACUUUUGUGACCGUGUUAGGUGCUUGUAGUGACUUAGCUGGUCUCACCGAGGGCCAACAAAUUCAUCAAUUAAUAAGUAAAACAGGUUUUCAGGACAACACGCGUGUGGUAUCAGCGCUUAUAAAUAUGUACUCAAAAUGUGGGGAGUUGCAUAUUGCUAGGAAGAUCUUUGAUGAUGGGUUAUUGAGGCAAAGGGAUUUGAUAUCUUGGAAUGGUAUGAUUGCCGCCUAUGCGCACCAUGGAUACGGAAAUGAGGCUAUUAAUCUAUUUAAUAAAAUGCAAGAAUUAGGUUUCCAACCUAAUGAUGUCACCUAUGUUGAACUUCUCACAGCUUGCAGUCAUGCUGGAUUAGUUGAGGAGGGGCUUCAGUACUUUUCUAAGCUUCUGAAAAACAGAUCUAUUCGAGUCAGAGAAGCUCACUAUGCAUGUCUGGUUGAUCUUUGUGGUCGUGCAGGAAGAUUGAAAGAAGCUUUCAAUAUAAUUGAGGGGCUUGGGGUAGAGUUAUCAUUGUCUGUUUGGGGACCACUCCUUGCUGGAUGUAGUGUGCACGGAAAUGCUGAUAUUGGGAAGCUUGUAGCUAAGAAAAUUUUGAAAAUUGAACCUGAAAGUGCAGGCACUUAUUCAUUACUCUCAAAUAUGUAUGCCUCAGCAGGGAAGUGGAAAGAAGCUGCCAAUGUUAGGAUGAAAAUGAAGGACAAGGGGUUAAAGAAACAGCCAGGUUGUAGUUGGAUUGAAGUUGGUAAUACAGUGCAAGUAUUUGUAGUUGGUGAUAAGUCGCAUUCUCAAUCGGAGAUGCUAGGAUAUUUACUACUUGAUCUACAUACAAAAAUGAAGAAGUCCGGGGACAUUCUAGAUGAUGAUUUAUCACUUGAUGUGGAACUUUAAUGGCAUAAUUCUGUCUGGGCCAGAGCGUGCAUUGUCCGUGGGAGUUGAAAUGUGGGAAAGUUUACUGCUGCUGGUGUUGGGAAAGCAUGAGACCGUCGGUGUAGACGAUGAAUAUUGAAGACCCUUACAAUCAAGAUGGAGAUUUUGGGGUUGAUUACAUUAAUAGCUCAUGGAUCUCUCACAAAACAAGGAGUAGAAGCAGGCAUUGAGAAAAAGCAUUCUAAGGGAACUUGCUGAUGAUUUGAGAGCUCAGAUCAUGGAAGAAAGACCUGCAUUAUCUGACCCUGUCAGUGAUGGACAUGUUUUAGUGCAGUUUUAUGGAAAUAAUGGUACCCUCUAUCUUUCUACACGGGAGUUUCUUGGAUUUUUCUAACCCUGUAAUGAAUCACACUUUGUUGCUUUACACUUUACAGUUCUUGGAUUGAUCAAGUCACAGAUAUUUCAACCUUUGAGGAUAUGAGUUCAAUCCUUGUCUUGCACUCCGCUUUUGCAGCUAUAAGUUCAGGGUGUUAAGAAGUCUGUAGCUUAUAUAUACAUUUUGAUAACAUUUAAUAUCUGAGUAAAGCCGUGCUAGAAGAGGGAGUAGAUAGAAUACGUCAUCCUCAACCUAAAAGGAAGAAAGAAGAGGGCAAAAAGAGGCUUAUUUUGACUAAUUUUAAUUUUGCUAAGAUGUUGCUCAGCAAUUUGUCUCCCAACUUCUGUAGUGGGCCAUCAAGAAAGUGUUAUAGGCUUAUAGCAUGCAAUUUAACCACAACUUUUAGAUACAUCAUAUCUGCUGCAUAUCACGAUAUGCUGGAGUUGGAAAAGAUGAGAAACAUUACUUAUAGGUGUUUCUUAAUUAAUGUUCAAGACCCUUCGUUUAUUGUCUUAAUAAUUUUUGUAUCCACGAGAUUGUGUUAAGAGAUUUUCAGAUUUUUUUCCAGAUUUUUCCUGAAGAAUCUACAAAUUAGAAUAGGAUAAUCCAAGGCCUGGUCACUCUCUAGGCAUAAACAAUCUGCAUUAAAGACAUAUUUUGACAGGAUCAUCUAUGGUCUGUUUGUUUUUCUUAGCUUUUCCUGACCUGCAAUCUAUUUGUGGAGCCAAGUUGUUGGGAGCAAAACUAAGAUAAUUUGGAUUGGCAAUAAUGAGAUGAAGAGAGAACAUAUAGUUCUUAUUUGAAUUUGUUUGGUUCUUAUUUUUUAUAUGACAGAGAUUGUUUACCAGGAUUGGACAUUAUGUGUCUUUCACUCUAUGCAAGGAGUUGCAAUGUCAAAAUAAAAUUUUGAUUUGUUAAGGGAAGAUAUGGUGGCAAAGGAUGAAGUAGAUUGUAGAAAACCAAAGGCGUCGUCAAAGUCCUCCAAGUUUUGGGAACUGCAUAGAAGCUUCAAAGAAGGAUAGACAUUAUCUUCGCUACCAAAUAGAAGUUGAGUGAAAGUUAAAAGAUUUAACAUUUUCCAGUGAAAAUGAGAUGCUUAAAGACACUGCAAUCUUCUCAAGAUCAUAUUUGUCAUCUCAAGUGUUGAUCUUCAAGUCAGUUUCUUCUGAAAACCGUGAUCAAAUUUGGUGUUAGAUUCCUUCUCUUGAAGGCUGCAUAUAAUGUUCCAUUUCUGAUGCUUAGAAAUACUAUACCCAGAUUGGAGCUUUCAUCUCCACCCAAAUCAAAUCUCAUUCAUUCCAAUCACCAUACCACAUGAUGGUCUUCUUGCUGGCUCUGAAACAACUGCAGACUUUCCUUCCUCAGUGCAUUCUCGUCUUAUGACUGCAAUGGACCUCACUAAGCCUAAAAUUUAAGGUUGUCUAAGAGAGCAAAGAUCUCAUAUGGUAUUUUUUUAUUUCACAUAUUGGUUUACCUGCAUUAGCAUGUAGUGACAAUCUUAAUGGACAAUGAUAUUGAAGAGGCACAACUAGUAGAGUAUGAUGAUGGAAUAGAAGAACUAGCUUUAUUGUAAGAUAAGUGUUCGUAGAAAUGCUUAGGAGAGGAAGUAACCCGAGAAGGGUUUUCUCUGACUGGUGUGGCUUUGUGUGAUGUGUUCCUUCUAUCUGGUGUGGCUUUCUGUUGCUUUGUGCUGGUUUUCUGUAGGUGAUUCUUGGCUGUGUUAGCUUCUUUUCUGCCUUAGCAUUGUGUACCCCUUUUAUAAGGAGUAGCUUAUUUUCCAAAUUGUGCCACAUUUUGUUUUGCUGCUGCCCAGUUCAUUUGCAUUGCUAUCGAGGAAGCCAUGAUGCCCGUUACCUUUCUUUCCUUGUCUUGGGACCAUGGCUGUUUUGUUAGAGGGCUAUUGUACUCUUAGUAUAUAAUACUUUAAGCUGGUUAUUGGUUA